AAAUCAAGAGAAGUGGGGCUCACGUGACUUCCCGAUCCAAAGUCGCAGAUAAGUUUGUGAAUUGAGAAAACGUUGUCUGACAGGACACGGGCAAGCUACCUGUCAAUAUAUUAAAAAAAAUAGAUUGACGUUGAUUCAAUUGGACUAUUUGUGGUCGAGCGUUUCGUUUGGAAAGCGGCGCGGCGCGGCGAUGGCGUCGCUGCGGGUGGCGGUGGUCGGCGCGGGAGCGGCGGGACUGUGCGCAGCCCGACACCUUCUAGCCCGAGGCGACCGCUUCGCACCUCCCGUCGUCUUUGAGCUCUCCGCCGAUGUGGGUGGAACUUGGUGCUACCAGGAGAGGGUCGGACAAGAUGUGCGAAGCAGCAUGUACAAGAACCUCAGGACCAACCUUCCUAAAGAGGUGAUGAUGUUCCCGGACUUUCCGUUUGACCGACAGCUCGGCAGCUUCUUGUCGCACCAGGAAGUGCAACGCUAUCUGGAGGACUACUGUCGCCACUACAACAUCCGCCCACACAUCAGGUUCAGUCACACGGUGGAAGAAGUGAAGCCCGUCGUCCGGACGACGGACGGCGACAAAGAGCGCCGCCAGAAUACCUGGGAGGUAACGGCGCGCGACGGAAAGGGAGCGCGCAUGGUCGACGUCUUCGACGCCGUCUUUGUGUGUUCGGGGCAUUACUCGGAACCCAACGUCCCGGACGUGCCCGGCCUCGGGAGCUUUAAGGGACGGGUUCUCCACAGCCACGCAUACAGGAGCGCGGAAGCCUUCUCGUCUCUCUCGGUGGUGGUCUUGGGAGCCAAGGCGUCUGGCGUUGACAUCUCCUUGGAGUUAGCCAAAGUGGGCGCGCGGGUAACUCUGAGUCACCGCGGUCCUCCUUUGAGCUCUCGUUUUCCGCCCGAGAUCCGUCAGUCGGGUCCUCUGACGGGGGUCGAGGACGACGGCAGACUUCGCUUCCAGGACGGCUCGUCGUGCGGUGCCGACGUGCUGCUCUUCUGCACGGGGUACAAGUUCAGCUUCCCCUUCCUGGACGGAGCUCAGCUGGGCGUGGAAAUUGACGAGCAGCUGGUGGGGCCGCUUUACCGCUUCAUGAUGCCGCCCGCCUUCCCCUCGCUCUUCUUCAUCGGACUCUGCAAGAUCAUCUGCCCCUUCCUUAACUUCGAUUUCCAGGUGAAAAGAGGGCGGAGCCGGGGCGGGGAGGCCGAGCGCGUCUUCACUGUUCGCCCGCUCUCAGGUCCGGUACGCGCUGGCGACGCUGGCGGGAACGGCGACGCUGCCGUCCCGAGACCAGAUGGCGGAGGAGGCGCAGAGCGCUCUGCAGAAGAAGGCGGACGGCGGCGUGGCGCGGCGCCAUCUGCUGGUGUUGGCCGGCGACCAAUGGGACUACCUGGCCUCACUGGCCGCCGACGCGGGUUUGGCCCCGCCGGCGCCUGUCGUGCGCGACCUGUACGACGAGGUGUGGCGGCAGAGGGCUCUUCGCCCCGACGACUACCGCCGACGCGACUACCUGCUGCUUGGCGACACCCGUUGGCGGGAACUGGACCCCCCCCACAUGACCACAUUUUGAUUAGGUCCGGUGUCGUCGCGAGUGCCCCGUUCCUGGAACUUUUUUUUUUUCCCAGUAGUAUGGUAUUUAUCUUGAAUAAAAACAAUUAUUUGAUUCAAACCUUUAACAUCAAAGGUGUCACGCGCGCAGCUGUCGCCCUCUCGCAAAAUGACCCGAGAAGCCUCAGACCGGUCGUCACGGGCGCCUCCCCCGCGAGGAAGUAGAGAAGAGCAUUGAGGCAGCCGACUGCGGAUGGGACGCUGGCGGCAGUCUCCAAUUUGAUAACAAUGCGAUGGACUAUGGCCUGCACAAGAGGCUUGAGUUCUGCUGCAAUUCUCAUCUCUGACACUAGAAGGCGCUAGUGGCGAACAGUGCUUCUCUAUCGGCUCGGGUCAAAACCUGACGUGUUGAUGGAGCAAAGGGCUUUUUUUUUUUUCAUAGAAGUAUCAAAAAAAUAGUCCAAUCUUAUAAAUGGCGCUACUGUGUCUCGGAUGGGCUUUUUUUUUUGUCAGCGCAAACGUUAAUGCUUUGAAAAGGACCGUCACGGCAAACGCACGCGCCACAACGCCGAUGGCGCAAAAGGCUUUUUAAUGGACGAUCGACAUUAUGCUGAGAGGUCAAAGGUGACGGGUCAGCAGGUCACACAGGCAACAGCAACAUAGCAGGCCGGAGCACGCAGACAACAGGGACCUCAACGCGCCGCCGCCGCUGCCCGCGUAGGCCGCGCCUUCGUUGGGCUCCACCACAUACACUGAAACACAAACGAAGCCAUCAUGGAAAUGUAAUGAAGACUAGGGAACUUUUUUUAAGGAACGGUAUUCUCUUUUUAUGAUUGUUUUUAAUACAAUUUUAUUUUAUUUUAAAAGA